AAGAACACUCCCAGCGGGGGUAUUUCCCUGUCAACAACGGUAACUUUAUUGACAAGCAGCCGAACACAGUACAAGGGAUUUCCGAUGCUUGCUUAUUGCAGCGCCGGGCUGUAAAUAGCCGUCUCCCGGUCGCAGUGGGACUCCCACAGGCAGACACAAGCUCAAUCACCGUCCCCGACGUCCAGACUCCGCUUCGCCGGGCAGCUCCUCACUCACGGCUGUCGCAAAGCCGAUUUUCAGCAGGCCGGUGGGCGGGUGUAAGACUUUGGAAACUUUCUUUGUGAUACCAGGGAUGUAAUAGAACUUAAUAUGGAUGAAGAAGUGAAAGAAAUGAUCUGGGAGAGUGAGAAUAACUCCAAAUACAAAGCACAUUAUAAAGGUUCUGCACAAGAUUCUCUCCAUACUUACAGCUAUCAGUUUACGCCUAUGCUUCAUAGACAGUUUGACAGAUCUAUUAUAAAGUCUCUUCAUAAGCCAUCUUUAUAUACAGAAAUGUCAAAAACAGAGAAGACUGCUUCUUCUGACAACACAAUCCUCUCACAGCCCAUUAACAACCUUAAGGCAAAACAGAAUGGCAAUGGACAUUCUACUAUUUUCCCAGCACAGUUUGUGUUCCCUCAGAAGCAACGCCCAGUUAAAAAUACUUGUUUGGAAACGCGUAAAUUAAGUGGAACCACUAAUGCAGCGGCUGGAAGGCCGAACCACACUCUCAGUUCAGCCUUUGAAAAGUCCUUCCCUAUUAAGAAUUCUGUGUGGCCAUCAUGGAGUGGCGCUGGUCGCCGGAGUCCAAAGAAAACGCAAAGACGGCAAUCUGGUACAGUAGAAGUUACAAUACGUGAGGAAGAGAAAGAAAUCUAUAGACAAUUACUUCAGGUUGUAACAGGAAAAACCUUUUUAUCUACAAAGUCCACUGCACCCCUUCCUCCACAAGUAUCUCGGAGCUUUAGCUCAAGUAGCAGUUUUGACCAACCUGUUGCUUCAAGUCUGAGUUCUCUAGAGCCUUGUACUUUGGAUACGGAACCUGCAUACCAGCCAUCAUUUAGUUUGGUUUCACCCAAAGAAACGACAGUACCGCAGUUGUUUGCUAAAACUCAUUUUAAACCUACUUGUGAAAGCAGAGACUCCAGCAAUCACCAGCCUCACACAGACCAUAAGCUUACCAGUCAGGAGCAGUCUAAAAAUUCGGAUUCUGUCAUUGUAGUUGAUUGUGUUUCCAAAGAAAAAUCUCAAAGCGCACCAUUUUUCCAGGCAGAACUCUGGAUAAAGGAACUCACCAGCCUCUAUGACUCAAGGGCGAGAGAAAGAAGGCGAAAGAUAGAAGAACAAACUGCACUUGCAUUAAAGUUUCAAAAUCAGCGACUGCACCAACGAUCUGCACAAGAUACUGUGGAUUUAAAUUUGCGUGUACCACUUGAGAAGGAAAUCCCUAUUAGGUUACCCCCAAGGCUGCCAGAUGAAUCUCAACAGGAACAAGAGUUUCCUGAGCUAACUCAGGAUAUGGAAAAGCAAAUUAAGUUUGCCCUUUUUGGUGGGACCCAAGAUCAAGUUUUAAGUGAAGGUUUCCGCUUAACAAUUACUCGAAAAGAUAUUAUGACUCUCAAUAGUCUAAACUGGCUUAAUGAUGAGAUAAUAAAUUUCUAUAUGAACCUUUUGAUGGAGCGAAGCAAACGGAAGGGCUUGCCAAAAGUACAUGCAUUCAACACAUUUUUUUUCCCGAAGUUAAAAUCUGCUGGGUAUCAGGCAGUGAAGAGAUGGACAAAGAAAGUGGAUGUAUUUGCUGUGGACAUUUUAUUGGUGCCAGUUCAUCUUGGAGUACAUUGGUGCCUAGCUGUGGUAGAUUUUAGGAAAAAGUCAAUAACCUACUAUGACUCUAUGGGUGGACAUAACAAUGAAGCUUGCAGAUUAUUAUUGCAGUACUUAAAACAAGAGAGCCAAGACAAAAAGGGACUCUCUUUUGAUAGUAAUGGUUGGAGCCUGAGUAGCAAGAAAUGCCAGGAAAUUCCUCAACAAAUGAAUGGAAGUGAUUGUGGAAUGUUUGCCUGCAAGUAUGCAGAUUACAUUGCCAAAGAUAAACCAAUCACCUUUACUCAGCACCACAUGCCGUACUUUAGAAAACGGAUGGUUUGGGAAAUUAUUCACCAGAAGUUGCUUUGACACUGUCUGUAAAACCAAGUGCUUGUUUGCCAGUCCCCAUGGUGAAGGUUUUGUCAGUCGUCUUGAAGUUGAACAUGGACCAAAAAAUAUGAAAGUUCUUUUCCACACGUUUACAGUGUAAAAUAACACUAGCAUUGGUUUUUGAGACACUUGUUUAUAUUACAUUAACUGCCAAUAUUGGGGUUUGGUUUUCUUCCUGCUAGUUGGCUAUAUGACGGCAAUCUAUGCUACAGUCACAUUAAAUAAGGCUAGUACAGCAUAAAAUACGGUUCUUCAGUUCUAAAGUAAAUUUCAUUUUAUAUAAAAAUAUAUAUAUAUAUAUAUAUAUAUAUAUAUAUAUAUAUAUAUAUA